UAUACCUUUGGACCGAAACGUCUCAGUAUAAAUUCUAGAGGCACAUAGUGAACAAGCUAAACGAUUACCAAAGUGACGGUGAACUUUUAAUCAUUAAUUAUUAAGAAAUGAAUCGAUUUAUAUGUUUUAUAUUAAUCUCUACAUUUUAAGUAUCUCAUUUAUUGAUUUUUAUUAACUCAUUAUCACCGAAAAUGUUUAUUUAAUAUAAUAGCAAAUAAUAAUAACGUGGGUUAUGCCUGUAGGAUGUACAUACCGUAAAGUUAUUUUCAGUUUUAUGCGAGUCGGUAUCACCGCAAAAACUUUUGGCGUUUCAAUUUGCUUAAGUCUUAACUAACCAUGGGUAACUGACAAUGAGAGUACACCUUUCUUUUUCUCUUUCAACUUCUAACUUAAUUCAUUUCAUUUUGUAAUAUAACGAUAAUGUGUUCAAGAAUUAACGUCGCUUCUAUACUGGUUUCAGUGUUAUAAUCAUACCGUCGAUCAUGUAAUUAAACUCGCUCUUCUCAUUAACAUGCACCGUCGCUUUGGUUAAUAACGUGAUUAAGUAAAAUCAUUUACUCGAAAAAGGGGUGUCUACGUAGGGGGUAUAGGAAAUAAAAGUAAAGAAAAAACAGGAGAAAUAGGGAUUUGGAUUAAGUACAUCGUUAUCGACACCAAGAGAUUUUCGAAAGUACUAUUUUCGCAUUACUAAAAUAACGAUAGAAAAAUAGCUCAGUGUUAAUCCACGUACGUUAAUGCCAUCGUUUAUCGUCUUAAGAUCCUCGAAAAAGAACGAUCGUGACGUAAAGUUGCUAUCGAAUGGACCGAGUGGACGAUUAAAAAAGCAACCUGUGGCUAUGUCUCGUUGUAGAAUUUUAUCAGUGUUAGGAGCUGAGUAGGAAAUCGGUGCUUUUCAUUGUACAUGUGUUGACGAACGUGCUCCUAACGUAAUUCAGGUAUAUCGUGCGGUCUAUUGCAAGCGUUCGAUAAAUAGGAUGUAAUCGUAUCAUUUAAUGAUCGAAUCAAAACAAGAGAGGAAGAGAGAGAGAGAGAGAGAGAGACAGGAGGGAGGGAAGAGAUCAUUAACGAGAAGCAAAGCGGUAAUUACGCACGUUUCAAGAGCCAUUUUGCAUUAUCGAUGAAUCACUCGAUAAUUCUCAGCUAUUUGAAAUCGUUCGAUUGUAAAUCUUCUAUUCGAAAGAGAAAGGCGAAUGUCAGAGAAAUUCAAGAACGGCAGAGAAUCGCUGGGAGAAAAAAAGUUCGGUCAUUCCUCAUCUUGACGGAAAAAUGUUUUUCUUGCCUUACUUGCUCGCUUUCGCAUAACUUUCUUUAUCAUCGUGAAUUGCGUGCCAUGCGAUCGAAGAAAAUUCAAGUGAGAGGAUGAGGAAAGUGGAUGAUGAAAGAUGGAACGACCGGGUGAUACUUAACGUCGGUGGAAUACGUCACGAGACGUAUAAAGCGACCUUGAAGAAAAUACCGGCGACGAGAUUGUCACGACUCACCGAGGCAUCGGUAAAUUACGAUCCGAUAUUGAACGAAUAUUUCUACGACAGGCAUCCCGGUGUCUUCGCACAGGUUCUCAAUUACUAUCGUACAGGCAAGCUGCACUAUCCCACGGAUGUUUGCGGUCCUCUUUUUGAAGAAGAACUUGAUUUCUGGGGUCUUGAUUCGAAUCAGGUUGAACCUUGCUGCUGGAGUACUUACAGUAUUCAUAGAGAUACACAAGCAACAUUGGCCAUAUUGGAUAAAUUAGACAUUGAAGGCGAAAAGCUUAGCGACGAGGAAAUUUCUCGUCUCUUUGGUUACGAGGAGGAAUAUAAUCGUGGAACAUUGACAAAGUGGCAGCGAUUACGUCCGAGAAUCUGGGCUCUCUUCGACGAGCCUUACUCGUCGAGGUCGGCAAAGUGCAUCGCCUGCAUUUCGAUCUUCUUCAUCUGUCUCUCGGUUCUCUGCUUUUGCUUAAAGAGCCAUCCUAGUAAUCUACCACAAAUUAGAACGGAUGAUUCUCCUUCUAACUACUCCGUAGAAUUCACUCAACAUUACGAGAAUGAAAUCGGUCGACCACAUAGAGCAUUUUAUUACAUUGAACACGCUUGUAAUGCUUGGUUCACAUUCGAGAUAACACUUCGAUGCUUGGUCAGUCCAAGCCUAAAGCGAUUCGCUGUGUCGCCGGUGAAUGCGAUCGAUUUAGCGGCAACGUUCAGCUUCUACACGGAAUUCUUGACGGAGUCUAGCCUGUAUCUUGAGGUCCUCUCGAUAGCAAGAGUACUUCGACUCUUUAAAUUGACCAGACAUUCACCUGGCUUGAGAAUCCUCAUACAUACUUUCAAAGCAUCCGCGAAAGAGCUCGCAUUGUUGGUUUUCUUCCUUGCUUUGGGCAUAGUUCUCUUCGCUAGUCUUAUUUUUUAUGCCGAACGACUUCAAGAAAAUCCCAACAACGACUUUGACAGUAUACCACGAGGACUUUGGUGGGCUCUAGUCACCAUGACGACCGUCGGUUACGGCGACAUGACGCCGAAAACCUUUCCAGGGAUGUUCAUAGGCGGACUGUGCGCCUUGACCGGCGUUCUUGCUAUCGCACUUCCGGUUCCCGUCAUCGUCAGCAACUUCUCUAUGUUCUACUCCCACACUCAGGCACGUAGCAAAUUGCCAAAGCAGAGACGAAGAGUACUCCCAGCAGAAUUUCCAAGACGUGGAAGAUCGUCGAUGCAUCAAAAUCGUUUCGAUUCUCAGGGACAUUUGUUCUUGAACGCUUCACCUUACAGAUCGCUGACACCUCUCAUGACUCGACAACCUAUGACUAGAUUGCACAGCGUCCUACAACUCCAGCCGAAUAUCGUGAUAAAUCUAGCGGAAAUCGAACAUCGUGCGCGCACCACUUCGCCCAGUCAAGAAUCCGAAGGAACUAGCGUAUCUGACUGCCGAGAUAGCGAUCUACCUCAAGAUGAUAAGAUGGAAGAGCAACGUGUCGCCGAAAUCGUUCAUCCAGAAGAGGAAACGAAUCAUCGAAAAGAGAGACAACAUUCUCAAAACAUUCUCCAUUAUAUUUUGUGAUAAAAAUAUAUUGUUUUUUUUAAAUAUCAUUAUAUAUUAUUCUAACAAAAGAAAAAAAAAGAAAAAAAAGAAAAGUUGCAACGAUCAACGAUAAAAACAUUUAAGAGACUAAGAGAGAAGAUGAAAGAAAAAUCAAUGAGAAUGAACAAAAAGAAAAGUGCGUUGAUCGUGCAACGAUCAUGUUUCAUCGUAAAGUCAAUCGACCAAUUCGAGGCCAUUAAAAGAGUCCAGUAGCGUAUCAACGAUAAUACCUUGCAAAACGUGGAAAACCGUGGAACUCUUUGACGCAAGAGGUUUCACGGCGCAAGCGUAAGCCAUCGACCGCUAGAACGGUUUAUUCAGGCUCUGUGGGAUCUCCCCACUUUUCUCUACUCAGUAUAGACACGCACAGACGUUGAUACAUUACAUGCAUAAAGUGAAGAAAAGAAAGAGAUAGAGAGAUAGAGAUAGAUAGAUAGAUAGAUAAGUAGGUAGAUAAAGAGAGAGAGAGAGAGAGACGUAUGAUGAUAUGCACCCUCGGGACAUACCUUUGAAUCGUUCUUGACGCGACAAGGUAAAUAAGUAAACGUCUCUGUGUACGCAAGUGUAGUUUUCGAGAUUCCGCUCCCUUCUUCUCUCUCCCCCUCUCUUAAUAUUUAUUUUUUUGUUUUUUUUUUUUUUUUAUUUUGUCUACACUUCAUUGUAAUAUUCUAAUAUUCUUUAUCUCAAGGAAUAUCUCUCUCUUGAAGAAAAAAAAAAAUUUUAUUCAGAUAGUAUCUUCCUCUUCAGACACUUCUCUUCUGAACUGUCAAGCUAACGAGAUUGAUUAGGUUGUUACAAGUACUCUGGAAUGUCGAGAGAAGAGAAGAGAUGCGCUGAUAAAAGAACAAAAGAGUCCGCGUGUCCGCUUGUUUCUGCGGGAAAACGCGACUGCUAGAGCGCAAUGUGCGCGCGCAUGAACUUUAUCUUUUUCACUCUCGUUAAGAGAAAAUGAAGAAGGAUUGGGAUGUUAGAUAUGCAUGUAAGAAGAUAGAAUAUGAAUUUUUUCUUAAUAUAUAUGUUGUAUUAAUAUUUGAAAAUAAAUGUCUUUCUUUGUUUCAUGAAA